AUGACCGACGUCCCGCUGCCGUUGAAUGCACUCGCUGCUGCUGCUCGCCAGCAGCACCACCCUCUGUCGGCUCAACCCUUCGCCGCCCCUCCUUCGGCACCACGACGACAAGCACAACCGCCCAUCGACGAUGGUGUCGAAGAGGACGAUGGAGAGAUCAUCUGCAUCUGCGGCAUGCGCCACGACGACGGCUUCUCAGUUCAGUGCGAGACCUGCAACAACUGGCAACAUAUGAUCUGCUACUAUCCCACUGAGGCAGAUCGUCCGGGCGAGCAUCAAAAACACUACUGCUUCGACUGUCAACCACGAUGGCUCGACGCAGACCAAGCCAAGGAAAGACAGAAAAAGCAGUUACAACGAGCAGCCCUCGACUCGCGACGACCAGGCCCGAAGCAUCGCAAGAAGCAGAAAGACUCACCAGCUGCCGUCAAUGGCUCCUUACUACAAGCCCGCGACCGCAAGAGUGCUAGCCCGCGCGAUCAACCGCCUCCCGCCAAACGACCGAAGACAGGUCACCGUCCUUCUGCUGCCGCCAACCACGCUCCCGCCAGUCGCAAACGUAACGGCACCAUCACGGCUGCUCGCAGUCCUUCACCCGACCCCUCCAGACCCAUCAUUCCUUGGUACUCAGAGGAGUUCUACCGCCUCUAUUCUCAAGUCUCUUCGCAUGUCGAGACAGAAACAAACCUCAUGAACAACAUCGCUGUCACGAAUUCAUUGUCGGAAUGGCUCAAGAAUCCGAUCGUCGUCGAGAAGGACACGAACGGCCUUAGCCAAAACGACAUCUUCCUUCGCUGGGAUGGUCCCUUUGAAGACAUGCCCGGUCGGCCCGAGGUCGCUCUACAUUGGGAAGCAGACCCCAACUUCACCGACCAGACAGAGCCUCCGAAAUGGCCAUGCCUUACCGUCGAGCAAGACAUCUCGAAGCGUACCUUCAUUGGCGAGCUUCGCGGUCACAUUGGCUACAAGGAAGAAUACAUGAACGAUCCCGAAAGUCGAUGGUCAUCACUACGCCAUGCCGAACCCUUCGUCUUCUUCCACCCGCAACUCCCUAUAUACAUCGAUGCCCGUCAAGAAGGCACCAUGUUCCGCUAUGUUCGUCGCAGCUGUCGACCGAACACGGAGAUCCAGACCAUCAUCACCGACGGCACCAACUAUCAUUUCUGCUUUAUGGCGACCAAAGAUCUUCAAUCCGGCGAAGAGAUUACUGUGGCUUGGCAGACGGACGACACAAUCAAGGCAAUGUAUGCCGAGCGAGGAGUCGUGCAUGGCGACGUGCCUGCCGACAUCAAGUAUGCCAUCGCCAUGUGGGUCUCCAACGUACUGGCUAAUUGUGGCCCCUGCGCGUGUAACGGAGAUGGCUGUUUGAUGGCCAGAUUCGAUCGACGCGGUCAACCCCAGCCACUCGAACCGCCGGAAACAGCUGCUGCCCCAAUCAAAGUCCCCAAAGCUCGUAAAAAGAGAAUCGCCAACAACCUCUCGCCUGUCGACAUGAAUCGCAACAGCCAAAGUCGCUCUGGUAGCGAAGCUCGCAAAGUCGAGGUCGAAGAUGACAUGACCGAUACUCGCUCCGUGUCUGGUUCGUUCCGAGCCUCCGCCAGCCGAGACAUCACUCCCGGCACUCACUACUCAGCAAUUGUGCCCGAGAUGUCGGAACGCGAGAAGAAAAAGCUCAUGCGCGAGGAAGAGAUGUUCCGAAGACAAGAAGAGGAAAGCGGUCGACAAAAGAAGAAGCGCCAUUCCGGUGCCACACCUUUGCUGCCGCAAAGCAGUACUCUUUCAUCUUCGAAGCAACAGUCAUCAGAGCCUUCAUCUUCCCGUCGCAGCACCGUCUCGAAGCGACCCUCGAAACCCGCCCGAACGGACAAGCAGUCUUCGGAAUCGACGAGACCCGUCUACGUUGACUCUUCCAUUCAAUGCGACAUGGACAACGACGACCCUCCGGAACCACCAAUGCCGACCCCUCCGAAGAGGAAACAAUACCUGUCAGUGACACAACGCUUGCUGCGGAGGUGUGCGUCGAACAACCUGAAGCGUAAGGCUGAAAGCGAGACGCCCGAGGACUCGCCCACGAAUGGAACCCAGCCGGACGAGAACAUGGAUCUCGACAAUGCCGGACAAAGCCCGCGCAGUGUCGCAGCCGUUUCAGAAGCUACUCCUCUGUCGCCAGUGUCUAUUAAGCACGCCGACGUCAACAUGACUGAAGCCGCCCAAGCACGCCCUGCCUCGCUGUCGCCAGCCUUCGGUCCGGUCGAUGCUGACAUGCAAGACAUGGACAAUGAUGAACCCCAUCGCGCCACACCCCCACCUAAUGAUCAAGACGCUUCAUUGUCGUACAGCUCAGCGAGUCCAAACAUGACCAAACCGGGCGUUCCUUCACAUCCGCCAAUGGACCCACCACCACCUCCAUGGCCACUGAGUGAUGCUCCAAGUAUGGGUGAAGUGCAUCCUGCCUCUCCAGAGUCCAAACACGUCCAUCCCGAGAUGCAUUUGACAAUGCCUCCACCACUGAACUCUGCAGCUUCACCUCCACUUCUCACUCAGUCUCCUUCGACACUUACCCCAGGUCUCUCCAAUAUACCCCUCUUUUCGCCGUCAGUUUCGGCGGCAGUAAACCCCAGUCCUGCCAGGAAGAAGUUGAGCCUGAGCGACUACACAAAACGCAACAAAGUACACCAACCAAGAGAUAUAUCACCGGCUGCCAGUCUGACGGACAGCGUUUCUGCCAAAGACAAGGAGAGCAUCUUGAACGGUGUCGCCGUUACAGACUCCCCUGCGUCUGAGCAAGCCACCGACGCCGCAGGACCGCCAGUCGGAAGUCAAGAGUCAGUGGUACCACCAGCUUGA